AUGGCAUUGUGUCGUGAUACUAAGUUCCAAGAACUCAAAUGCUAUGUUGACUGUCACGAAAAGGAACAACUGAGCAUCUACAAGGAACUUCUCAACGACCCAGACCGCUUCGCCAAAUUCAGUCGUAUCAUUGACACUCCGGACGGACCUGUGCUUUUCGACUUUUCCAAACAUCGAAUAACAGAGACUACCUUCGAGAAAUUGCUAGAAGUGGCUCGUUCCCGUAAUAUGGAAGCGAUGAGAGCGGCCAUGUUUGCCGGUGAACGUAUCAAUUUCACGGAAAACCGGGCUGUACUUCAUGUUGCCCUACGCAACAGGAGCAACACAGCGAUUUUUGUCAAUGGACAAGAUGUGAUGCCAGAUGUGAACCACGAACUGGAACACAUGAAAGAUUUUUGCGAUAAGAUCAUCAGCGGUGCUUGGACUGGGUACACAGGAAAGAAAAUCACUGAUGUGGUCAACAUCGGCAUCGGUGGAUCUGAUCUGGGCCCUCUAAUGGUAUCCGAAGCCCUUCGUCACUAUCAAAUUGGGCCCAAUGUCCACUUUGUCAGCAAUGUAGACGGGACGCAUAUUGCGGAGGUUACAAAGAAGCUGGACCCAGAAACGACUUUGUUCAUCAUUGCAUCAAAAACAUUCACUACGCAGGAAACCAUCACCAACGCAGAAACCGCGAAGGAGUGGUUCUUAAAGACGGCAGAAGAUAAGUCCGCCGUAGCGAAACAUUUCGUAGCUCUUUCUUCUAACGUGCCUGUGGCAACAGCUUUUGGUAUCGAUCCAAUGAACAUGUUCGAGUUCUGGGACUGGGUUGGUGGAAGGUACUCUUUGUGGUCGGUCAUAGGUUUGUCCAUCGCUGUACACAUUGGAUUUGACAAUUUCGAGAAACUUCUCGAUGGAGCUCAUGCUGCCGAUCAACAUUUUGUUACUCAACCUUUGGAAAAGAACGUUCCUGUAAUCAUGGCAAUGUUAGGUGUUUUGUAUAUCAAUGUGUAUGGAGCAGAGACUCAUGCGUUGUUGCCCUAUGAUCAAUACCUUCAUCGAUUCGCAGCUUACUUUCAACAGGGUGACAUGGAGAGUAAUGGAAAGUUUGUGACAAGAGAUGGGACGCGAGUCGAUUAUUCAACUGGACCAAUUGUGUGGGGUGAACCUGGCACCAAUGGUCAGCAUGCGUUUUAUCAACUCAUUCACCAGGGCACUCGACUUAUUCCAUGUGAUUUCAUCGUUCCAGCUAAGACAUUAAAUCCUGUACGCAACGGAUUGCAUCACCAGAUUCUUCUCGCAAAUUUCUUGGCGCAGACGGAAGCUCUAAUGAAAGGCAAAACCCGUGAAGAGGCUGAGACCGAAUUGAAAGCCUCGGGUGUACCUGCAGAGAAGAUAGAGAAGAUUCUUCCCCAUAAGAUUUUCGAAGGCAACCGUCCGACAACGUCAAUUGUUUUGCCAAUAGUUUCGCCGUUCACUCUUGGUCUCCUAAUCGCGCUUUACGAACACAAAAUAUUUGUUCAAGGAGUGAUUUGGGACGUCAAUAGCUAUGAUCAGUGGGGUGUUGAACUGGGAAAGCAGUUGGCGAAAGUCAUUCAACCAGAACUUAAGUCGCCCGGGAACGUUACGUCUCACGACGUUUCAACAAACGGUCUAAUUAAUUUCAUUAAGUCCUUAUGA